GUGCCGGGUGGGGCGGAGCGGCCGGUGGUGGCGGUGGCGGAGCGGCGGCGGGAAGGGCGGGCUCGGGAUCCGCAGCGGCGGCGGAGACGAUGCCGGUCCAUUCCAGGGAGAAGAAGGAGAAUAAUCACGAUGAGAUGGAGGUGGACUACGGAGAGAACGAGGGCAGCAGCUCGGAGGAGGAGGAGACCGAGAGCUCGUCCGUCUCCGAGGAGGGGGAUAGCUCAGAAAUGGAUGAUGAGGACUGUGAAAGAAGAAGAAUGGAGUGUUUAGAUGAAAUGUCCAAUCUCGAAAAGCAAUUUACAGACCUUAAAGAUCAACUUUACAAAGAAAGAUUAAGCCAAGUGGAUGCAAAACUACAAGAGGUCAUAGCUGGAAAAGCACCUGAAUAUUUAGAACCAUUGGCAGCUUUACAAGAAAAUAUGCAAAUCCGAACCAAGGUGGCAGGUAUCUAUAGAGAGCUUUGUCUGGAAUCUGUGAAGAACAAGUACGAAUGUGAAAUUCAAGCCUCUCGACAGCACUGUGAGAGUGAGAAGCUUCUCUUGUAUGAUACCGUACAAAGUGAACUAGAAGAGAAGAUUAGAAGACUUGAAGAAGACAGACAUAGCAUUGACAUUACCUCAGAAUUAUGGAAUGAUGAGCUCCAGUCCAGGAAGAAAAGGAAGGAUCCAUUUAGUCCAGAUAAGAAGAAGCCUGUUGUUGUAUCAGGCCCCUAUAUAGUUUAUAUGUUACAAGACCUUGAUAUACUUGAAGACUGGACAACAAUAAGGAAGGCAAUGGCUACACUGGGGCCACACAGAGUAAAGCCAGAACCACCUGUCAAAUUAGAAAAGCAUCUACAUAGUGCUAGAUCUGAAGAAGGAAGACUCUACUAUGAUGGAGAGUGGUACGGACGAGGACAGACAAUAUGCAUUGAUAAGAAAGAUGAAUGUCCUACAAGUGCCAUAAUUACAACAAUUAACCAUGAUGAAGUUUGGUUUAAAAGACCGGAUGGAAGCAAGUCCAAGCUGUAUAUUUCUCAACUACAGAAAGGAAAAUAUUCAAUAAAGCAUAACCACAACUGACCUAACUGCUAACUGGAUAUGAAACAAGUGGUAUUGCCAUGCUUGACGUGCCAUGGGGUGAAAGUUGUAUUUAAUAGUGUUUUGUAUUCCAUAUACAUUUACAGCAGUAUCUAAUGUGUAUUGGUUGUGCUGUAUGUAAACUUCAUAUGAACAGCCUUCAGAAACCUGAGGGGAGGGUAAAUCAUGUUGACAGAUAAUUUGCCUCUAAAUUGGGUCCUAAGGUGCCUAAGGUACGAAGUAUUCUCUUCAAGUAUAACUCUUCAGAACUUCUCAUAUUUGUAAAAUGAAAAAAAAAAAAUCUGAUUUUUUUUUUCUGUUAGUGACCAGUCGAUGUGCAAAAAAUGAUAACUAUAAUUACCAGCAACUCACUCUGUUUUCAGUGACUGUCUUGCUUCUUUUGUGGAUGUAAAUUUAGCCUGCUCAGCUGUUGCUUUUGAAUAGAUUGUAACAUGCACAAGCAUUCUUUUAUCCAAAGUGAACCGAUUGAUUACAAUUAUUGUCCUCAACAGUUCUGCUAGUACUGACUGUGUUAUAUUUUGUAAGGUUUACUAUAUUGCUUGUAAUGAGACAAAGCCAAUAUUUUGAGCUGUGUUUUUUGAAGAGCACUUUUCUAGUGUCGGACCCUAUUCUAUAGUAACGAAUCAUUGGUGUGGUUUUUUUUUUUCUCGAUUGCCAGGAAAAUUUAUGCGUAAUGUAGACAGUGUUGCUCCAACCUGUGUUAUGUGUAGCCCACAAAGAACAACUGUGAGGAUGGUUAUGUAAAUGCUGUUGCAUGGUCUGCAUGUUUGGUCCACAGUUGUAUGAAAUACAAUGAAUUUUUUUUUCAAAAGGAAAAUAAAUACAAUGAAUUUUUUUUCAAAAGGAAAAUAUUUCCCCAGAAAUCCUAUAUCUGGGAGAAUUUACACUGAAGUUUUCACCAAACACUAUUUUCCAGAUUUCUGUACCCCAUUUCAUCUUAUUGUACACUGGAAGUAUUUCAUGCAGCUUAGGAAGAUGAAUUUCAUUUAAAGUCUUAUUCUUUAAGCCACAGAGAAAAGUCCUAAAUCCUUCGUGUUACUGUGAUGUGCUUCAAGCGUCUAGAAUGAUAGAUGGGAUUGUUGAAGAAUUAUUAAUGCAUUGGUUAUGUGCACUUUAAUCUCCACUUUCAAUGAUUCUUCUUGGAGAAAGAAAGCAUCCAUUUGCUUUAAGUGAUCACAGCAAAUGAGAAUUUUUAUCGUAACAUGUAAAUUAAUUGUCUCUUCUAGUGCAGGGUGGUAACUACUUUCCAAAUGCCAAAUCAGUUUCUGCUGAGUGAUGCUUUUCUACGAUUGUAUGACAUUAAUCAAAUGUACAUAAAGUAUCAAUUGAUAUGUUUGCUUUUAACAAUAUGAACUGUAUGUAUACAGUUGUUUGAUAAACUUUUUGUAAUAAAAUAUUUGCGUUUUUUAACUUAGUAUAUAAAUAAAUGAUCUGUGGUAGUAGGCAUCUU